GUCCGCCAUGUUGGCUGUGCGCCAUGUUGGGUUACCUCAGAGGGGCGGUGGCGCCGGGUUGGGGGAGGCCGUACGCCGGAGGACUGUCUGUUCUCCAUGCUGUUUAUUCACCUGUAUUGUGUAAGUAGUAGCCACUGUCCCCGCAUGGUUUUCCGAGGCCCACGGUAUUUCAAGUUCUUCAUCCUCAUGGACCAAACCCCACGUUGGACUAAAUGUAUGAAGUUGCUGAAGCCCUGAAGCUCUGCUGGGAAUAGCAUGGACCACAGGGUUGAUCUUCUGAGGAGCUCAAACAGCAAUCUUCCUCCCAGCCCGUGUGCUCCAGGUGCUAAUGGAAGUUCAGUACUAGUGGCCUGACCAAAGAUAGUCCAAAAUGAGAUCUUCCUUCCAGAGAGAAGACAGGCAAUUGUGCUGAAGGAGAUGGCACCACGGGGUGAGGAGCAGCCCAGCACCAGGGAAGGGAUGUGCCUGAGGAAUGGAGCUGAGCAGCGGGCAGGAGGAGAUGCCGGGAGCUUUCCAGGGUGCUCAGCUGUCUGCCCAGGAGGAGCGCCACCUCCUCCACGCACUGCAGAGCCUGGAGAAGAGUGGCCAAAAGCCUCUUGGUGGUGGACACGGCCUUGUUUCCUUCAGGAUCUUCAGUGUCUGAAGGGCCAGUGAAGAGAUAGAUGGACUGGGGUCUUGUUGCACUCCGUGAAGGGCUUAGAUAAUAGAGGAACAGAAGGACAAUGACAGCCGUGUACCUGCAGGCCCACUCCAGCCGUUGCCGCCAGUGCUCCUCACUGACAGAAGGGAGCAAGGGACAGGCAUGUCACCUGCUGAUCUGCCAUGACAUCCUACUCCCUGACUCACCCUGGUGCAAAUACAGUGGGACCGGGCUCCUGCACACCUCCUUCUGCAUCCUCCUCUUUUGUCUGCCCUCCACAAAAGCUCAGUGUUUCUAGGAAGAGGUUGAUGGAGAGCUGCCACACCAUGCUGGACUCUUGUGGAGGAGGAGGGAAGGAUGUCAGUUGUCAGCAGCUCCAAGCCCACAGUGAGCAGGGCCAGCACGGCCAGUGAAGUGGGGCUAUGGGCUGCACCAGUUCACUUGGUAUCUCCAACCAGUGUUCUUAAAACUCCAAGACACUUAGAGCAAUGUGGCUGAUCUGAUGGCAGAUUUCUACAAAUUUUGUAUGCUUCCUAAACUGCUGGGGAGAAGCUGGACUCUUAUCGAGCUACAGAACACUGACCUCAGGUUCAGGCUGAGGCUUUGGCCUCUGUUGGUGCCAGGAGCCGUGCUUUGCAAAGGCAGGAUCCCUCUGAUGAGCUGCUAUGGCAAGGCAGAAGCUGCCGCUGUGCGUGGACGCUGUACAGCAGGCAUUUGAAGGGAUAAUGAUCAGAGUUCACAAAUGUGGCAGCCAUGGGAACUGAUACUGCGCAGCACUAUGGAGUCACUGCAGAGUUUCAAACUGUGUAUUUGGAACAGCCCUGUGUACACAACACAGUAAGAGAAAGAAGAAGAACGUACUUGGAAUGUCCCUAUCUGUCAUGUAGGCGAGGAGAUACAGUGGCAGUAAGGACCAGAUGCAAGGAGAGCAUCAGCACUGAGACCCAUUCUAUCCCUCCGGCUGUUCCCUUGAUAUCCAGAAUCCCCGGAGGAUCAGGAUCAGUUACCAGUGAGCAAAAGCAGAUGACAACCAAUCCUCCUGAUAGGCGAGGAAAGGGAGCUCCAGCUGAUGAACUAAAGACAAAGCGUUGCUAUUGCAUUGAGUGCUUCCUUUUACCAGAUGAUCUCGUGCCUAGAAAAAUGGAUUUGGUGGUGGUUGGGAUGGUUGCAAAGCUAUUUGCAGAGUCUGAUUCCAAGACUAUUAUGCCAUGGCUUGAAAAUGACCAGAUGUGGAUCUCGUGGAGCCAUAAUACAAAUGUCAAUGUCACUAAUGAAUUUCUAGUAAAAUUAAGAGAUCAUAAAAUAACCUUAAAACUUUGGGACACCAAGGACCAAGUUUUCUCAGAAGCAAGGCUUACUAAACCAGAUGUGUCCUCAAUAGAAGAUGAGGAGGCUGUUGAUGGAGUAAAACACACAGUGCUGCAGCAAAGGAGAUUGUUUGAAGGGAGUCAGCCAGCACCCAGCUGUACAAAAAUUAGAGAAGCAAAGGAAUCCAAGGCACAGAAAGAGUCUUCAGCCCUUCCAAUCAAAGAGGAAACUGAUCAGAGUGGACUGGGGACUUCCAGCUGUAAUGUACUACAUCCUCCAAAGACGGAUGACAGUACAGUAAGAAACAGAUUUGAGGGUAACGCCCAACUUCUGAAACAGAAAGCAGUUGCUGCUCCUUCACAUAAUGCAGCUUCAGAAGAAACUGGGGAAACAGCCAGCAAUGUGGGAAUUCCGAUGUGUCAAACAGACAAGACAGCUACCUUUAAUGGUAGAAGAGAUUCUGGUGCUAAAAAAGGCAUGGAUACUACUAGGGCAAACAUUGCAUCACUGCAGUUGGAUCUCAUGCCUCUCCUCUCAGGAGAAAAUUCAGUGAUCAGUCGACUGGAAGAAAACAGUCCUAUUCUUUUAGAUGCUUAUGUGUCUUUCACUGUAGAAACGCCUCUUCUGUCUGAAAGACAAAUACGUGAAUUGAAUCCACUGGUUAUAAAGAUCUGUUCAGCUACCAGCCUCCCGAACACACCUGUACCAAUAGAGGUGCUACAGAAAUUGUGUGUUCCUACCUACUGCAAAUACAAAUUCCACAAUUUUCCAGCUCAUCAGACUCAUGGACAAAUCCACGGAACUCAUGUCUACUUUAAGGAUGUUAAUGUAUUUCUAACAGGAAGAAUGAAACCUGGGGAGUUACAGAGGUGUCUUAGAGGUCCCCCUUUGGAGAUUGAAGUUCAUGAUCGAGAUAGAAAGAUUGAAGACAACAAAAAAGAGCCAUGUCUAUUUGGGGAGGAUCACACUGAUGAAAAUCUAGGAGAGUUGAGGCCCCUCCCUUGCCAGUCUGCAAUCUGUAAUUCUUUUGCAGAGGAUGAAGUGUGGCAUCCACAUGGGGUAGCUAAAGUAAGUCUAAGUGAUCUAUUGUUGGGUAAAAAGUACUUGACUGUUAGUGCACCCAUUCGUAGCUGUUCAACUCCAAAUACAGCUGCUUUCAAUAAAAAGAAUAAAAGAAAGAAGAUAGGGAAGAAGCAUCCACAGAUCCUAUUACCCAUGGGACAUUAUCUACAAUCAGACUCGCUUUUGAAAUUAAGAGUGGAAAUAGCAGUGCCAUUGAGAAUGCAUGCAGAAAUUGAUGAUGCUCAAGUGACGGAUUGCCCGUACAGUUGUAUAGUCUACAUUUUUGACUACAGUAAUUCAUUUUUAUUACAUGAUUUGGUGGAAGAGAUUACAGAAAUCAAUGCGAAAGCCCUUCAGCUGGACUGUUAUCCUCCACACUUGAUCAGAACAUCUCUUGCUACAUUAAAACUAAAAAGCACGCUUGAGAAGGUUUCUGAGUUAGACGUUGUUACUGGCUUUCACUUACUGGAUGGAGCUACUCACCUCUUUGUCUUGGAGGGUUUAAAAGACAAAGCCAUCAAGAGACUCUGGGAUAGGCACUUUGAAAGAACUUACAGACAUGAAGAUGGACAACUGGAAAUACUAUAUAAUUCACAACUGUCUUUCAGUCAGCGCCUGUAUACCAACCUGGAAGCAAUCUUUUAUCGUUUCCACCUCUGUAAGCCCCUCUUCACUAUACUGAAACAGCCUCUGCUUUAUGUCAGGGGAGCAGUUCCUUGGGCGUGUUUCCAAGCCUUGUCCAGGCUCAGUUACCUCUGUCACAGUAAGAGGUUGAGGGAUGUCAUUCAGGGGGAUCUGCUGCCCUCAGCAGAAAUGAUCACAGCGUUGAGUCGAGAGUAUGGAGUUCCAUUAGCUGAUGAGGAUCUCUUCACUCAGAAACCUCCUCUACUCUUAUUUUCGUCUGAUUAUACACCACCAGGAAAUGUAAGCAGAGAGAAAAAGGCACGAUAUUCUUCAUUAGACCACUACAACGAAAGAUAUGUGCUGUGGAAGAAAGAAAUAGCAGACAAAAAGUCUUUUGAGAGAAACCAUAUUAGGGCUAACAUUGAUGCUGUGCGCCAGCUUAAAGGAAAGAUGAAAAGGCUGAAGUUUGAAACUUUCAGGAUUUUUCCUGCCGAUGGCAAAUCUGUUUAUAACUAUAGCUCUCAGCGCCUGAAUUCUGCAGAACUUGCAAAGAAGCAUCUUCGCCAGGAAAUGGCAAAGGAUCCAAAAACAAGGUUCAGUUAUUGUCACGAGUAUCUUUCAGCCACGUUUGACCCAGUUGAUGUGGUUGCUGCCUGUAAGGAGUCCUUUGCAAAAUCCAAGAGUAUGUGGCUGUCACCAGAUGGAUUUGUAUUUGCUGGAUUUAAGAGCAGCAUUGAAAGCAACCUGCACCCUCGGAUGCCUGAUGAGGCACGUGUGGAGGAGUUAAGAGAGAAAUGGCAGGAGAAUGCUCUGUUUGCUAACAUGGCGCCAGUGCUGCCACGAGGCAGAUGGAGCUGGGACAAACGGCAUGUUGACUUCGAGCUCUACAAGAAGCCGCCUGAACUCCCCAUGGCAACAGCCGCACUGACAGAUGCUUCUCACUUUGUGCAAAAUGCAUGUGAUGAUACCAAGCUGAAGGUUCACUGGUGUUCCGCAGCAGCUGAGUUAUGCGCACGGGAGCCAGGAGCCACUUCUGAGCUACAGCAGCUCCAAGGACUUCUGAAAGAUGAGCCUCUGAAAUUCCCACUCAGGAAGCCAGGACUGAUUUUGAAGCCUAACCCAGCCCUCUCAGUGUUGGACUCUCAGAACAGCUCAGAUGUCCUGCCAGGAAAGAAGAGCGUUUGCAGUGGCUUUGUGCCAGGCCUUCAAGACCACCACAGCCGGAAGUGGAACAAGAACAUUAUCCCCUGGCACAACAGAGAGCAUAAGAAGAUUGAAAAACUUGAAGGCGCAGAUUUCAAUUUACUUGGCUCUAAACAAUCAGUUUACAAGAGUGACCAAGCAGCAAGCAAACACGCUACAACCUAUGCACAACAGGAAGACCCUCUCCAGAAUGAUAUUCUGGAUACAGCUACUGCAUCACAGCGUUGGGAUGACCCCCUCACUGGACACUGACUGGAAGCCAUUUGUGCUAGUAAGUUCAGAAGGACCAACACACAAUAUCUGAAGUCUCAGAACCACUAAAAUUCAUCAGUUGGGAUUUGUCGCACAAUUAACUGUAGCAAACUUUAAUUGUUAUGCAGCAUAAUUGUAACUAUGAAACCUUACACCAGCAACAACACAAUCAUCUCCCAUGUGUCAAGGUCUCUCAUUUUACUCUCAAGACAUUUAGUGAGAAAAAGCUGAAAUCACUAUUAACAGUUAGUAAACUUGGAAAGAGUUUGGGAAGAACAGCAUUAGAAGGUUUAAUUCAUUCAUAAAUGAGUGUAUGUUAAAGUAUUUCAAAUACUUGGAUAACAUUGCAGCUCGUGUGUUCAGAAGACUGGAGAGGUAAGUGGUGUGGUUAUUGGACCCACUGGUGCAGUUUCCUUUGAAUUUCAUGGGAGUUUGCUGCAGUACAUACACAUUCUUUACACUAAAGCUACACUCUGCAUUUGUUAUGACAGCUGUUUGUCACUGAGGUUUUACCCAGUCUGAGACAUGAGCAUGCAGUGUCUGAUAGCUCUGCACGCUUUGUAGAACCACAUCAUGCUUGUGAGGCAAAGAAUGCAACAGCUGUAUUUCAGAGGUGAGAGGAAAGCUGGCCAGUCAAGGAAGAAGCAGCUUGUUAGAGACUUGCACAAGUUCUCUAGAUUAGCAUCUCAAGGAAAAAGUCUAAGCAUAGAUAUAGUGCACCUUACUUACAAAACACGUAACUUGGCAGAAUGGUUCUAACCAACCACUGAUUUGCUAGAGAGUGUCAUGCACAGAGCACAGAUGUUACAUGGCUGUGACUGAUACUGAAGUACACUUACGUCAUGGUCGUGGUUUCUGAGGCCAAUGCUGAUGGACCGGCUCGCUCUGGAAAUAGCUGCUGUCAUUGCAUACAAAUUAAUAACUAUAUCUGCCACUCUCUUCAGAGCCAACUGCUCAUCCACUAUUGUCUAGAAGAAUAAAAAUGGUCAGGUUAUAGACUUCAAUCAGAUCAUUUUUUUCCAUACUUUGUAUGUAUUUACGUUCAUACUUAUUUAGAGCAUAGACAGGUAAGUUAUUACAUUGAAUUUCCACUCUUAUGAAGUAAGAUUUGGAUUAAAUAUGCUCCACCUUUUCCAGACUUCCUGGCUACAGCCAGAAACUGCUUUGGUAAAUGUUAAAUCACAAAGUUGUUUUUUGGCACUUGAAUUUCUAUCUACCCUCAGACAACCAACAAAAAAACAACACUUGUUCAUGUGGAAUGCUCCAUGGUGUAGUCCGGUAAGCAUUCUCUGAACUCAUAAAGCUGGAGUCCGCUCUAGAUUUAAAUCUACUUCAGUUUCUCCUAUUUGAGCUAAGCUGCUUUGCAUUGUGUAAUUAUGUAUGUGUUUGCUGUAUAAUUUAAAUGAAUAAGCAUGACAGAAAGCAUGCUGGUACAGCUCUUCAUUUGGGAAAUGAGUUCCAGUGACUGCUUACAGCAGCAGGCAGGAUUGAUGAAACCUAGGAAUACAGUGACACGUCUAACCUAAUCACAAUUGCUUAAAUAAGUGAAAGUUGUUUGUUACAUCAAGUUAGCAUAGAGUUGGAGUGUAUUUUCUCAGUCAAUGGAUAUCAGUUGUGCAAAGGAAAUCCUGGCUCUAGUCAUACGCCAUCCACUGUAAGAUUGUAGUGAGACCAGUGUGGUUGAGGAAAAGUUCAAAGAUGAUGAUGGUAUUAUAUUACAUAAUGAUAUUACUGUUACCUUGCCAAACCGAGUGAGUAGGCCUCUCACUGUAGUUCCAAAGUAAUAAACAUUUUCUUCAAGUUUCUUGCCACUGUCCUAAAAAAUCAAACAUAAAAAUACAUACUUAAAAUAUUCAGUACAUGUAAACAAUUUGAACAGUCUCCAACGGUAAACAAAAACCUGCAGCAGAAGUCCCUACCAGAAAUGGGACGUGUAAUUAACCAAUGUGCUGGAAGGCUUGUGCCACUCCUCUGCUGCCCAGCCAGUAAAACAAAAUGGAUGAGGCUAUCUGCUGCACGGGAUGGCAAUUCUCUCUGUGGGAGCCCAGCAGUUCCAGUUAUUAGGCAGAAAUCAAACUACAAUUCUCAACCACAGCACAAACCUCAGCACAAACCCCUUUUUGUUCUUUUAAACUUAGGGAAGACUGAGGUUUAGCAGAACACCCUAGGAGGUGUACAGUUGAUUCUGAAGGAUCAACACGAAGUAACACUGCAUACCAAAUCAAACAAUUAACAGGCAACUCCAUAAAAAGCCUGAGGUGUUUGUGCCCCCAUCACAAAAAAGAAUCCCUUCCCCCCAACAUGGAAUUCAGUUUGCUGCUACAUUUGCUUACCAACUUCUAGUCAGUGAAAAAAAUUCCCUUUUAAGACUCUCAUUCAGCAUUUUGCAUUUCCCCAGCUAUAAAGGAUAGAGACUUUGCCUGUGUACCUAAAAUGAAUGGGAUUAUAAAUCACAGAGUCUUUUCUGAGUGGAAAACCACUGCUUAGUCACAUUCCUUUUAACUGUUAGAUUUUUCUCUUGCCAACUACUGUGUUCUCAAUACUCAGUUAAAAGCCAGUUAAAGCACAUUUCUUUAGCUAUAAGAUAUGCAUUAAAAAGUUCUGAUUUUACUUUUCUAACUUUUCAGUAUAGUCUUCUUUAUGCUUACACAAAUAAUAGUUUGAAAAAUCCCUCUGCACCUUCUGCAGUACAAACCUGAUUCAUAUUUUACAAACCCCUGGAAAUCAGUAUUAUGUGCUACUGCCCAUGUUUUCCAACUCUGGUGGUAAGGAAGUAGGAGAAUUUCCAGUGUCACAUUUGGCUUUCAUUAAUUCUUGAAUGCAACCAAUUAAUUCUUGUAAUAUGAAUGGCUUUGUCUCUAUGUUUGAGGCAUUAGAGGUGUUCCCAUGCAGCACACAAGGUAGGUCAGCAUUACUGCUGUCAACACAACCCACCCACGUACACUGGUGGCACUGCAGGACACAGUGUAUUUGCCUGGAGGUGAAAGCAGGUGCCAUUGUGCACAGCACAGGAUUAGCAGAUCCUCUCAGGUGUGCACCUGACAUACCUGACCUAGGGCUAUGCAUGCUGACAAAAAAUGUUUCCGUUACACCUCCUCAGAGCAUUAAAAAACACUCGAGGAAGAACAUAUCUAUUUUUUUUUUCCUACUAACAACCUUUAAAAGAAAACAAACAAAAAAACCCCACCUUUUUUCUUCUUGGCCCUAACAAUCAAGCGAUUAAGCAAGUGUAUAUAUACACAGCUCACCACAAUUCUUAGUUACAACCACAUUACCAGUAAACAGGAAUGUAAUGAGUUAUAUAGCUGAGCAUAUUAUGCAGGGUGAUUUAUAGGAAUUACUGAAAAUUGAUAUAAACCUGGAUCUGUUGUAACACGGGUCCUUAGAUUUGUCUAUCUCCCCAUUCCGAAUCAUACUUCGUUCUGCAUAAAGACACAAAGUUGUGACAACCCUUCCACAGAACCAAACAUCACAGAGCAGGGUCUGGCUCUUACCUGGAGGCUGGGAUGCACCAAUCCACCACGUUCUUCCAUGAUCCCGUAAUCCACUUUUCUGCCCGUUGUGUCCCGUACUUUGUUCACCAACUCCUGCAGUGCCAAUCCUACAUUUCCUUUUUUGAUUUCUCUAAAAUGUCGAGUAAGAAACAGCUGCUGAAAUACAUUUGCUGGAUUGCGAGGGAGUUUCAGGAUAAACGCAUUAUUGAGAUAUCUGCACUGUUUUCAUCUUUCUAUCUGUUUUAACUAUGAAGUCUGGAGAAGCACUCAGCCUUAAAAGCAUUCAGCAUGGCCCACACUCCAUUGCCCUGUAAAUACAAUAACCUGCAGACAGCAGUCUAUGUAUGCACUAUGGAUGCUAUAGCUGUCUUACCAAUAACACUUGGGUGUAAAAUCUUAAGUCGUUUUAAUUAUUGGUCUUAUAAUUGUACACAAUCUGGAAAUACAAGGUAAGAUGCAGUCAGCCAAGAUUCCCAAAUAAAUAAAAUACUGCCAGCUACAAAGAAAAAAGACCCCUAUACAUUGAUCCGCCCUUCAGACAAUAUAUUAAGAACUGCAGCAGUUUUUUUCCAACCAUUUCCCCCUUCCAUAUAGUUAACAUUAUCACUCUGUUUAUAAAUAAGAACGUACUUAAUUUUGUCAGUUAAGAUUUUGCCUGCGUGCUGCAUCCCCGUCAGAGCGAUGUACAUUCGCAGAAUUUCAUUUGUUCCCU